AUGAAUUGCCUUCAGAAUCUUCCCAGAUCAUCAGUCUCACCUUUGUUGGGCUUUGUGGGCAAUCAAAGAGACAUUUCUUCUUUGAAGAUGAUGCUGCUACCUAUAAAAGCCAAUGAUCUUAGAUGUCAACUUGUUUUACAGGCGGUAUCAGAUUCGAAAUCAAGCGAAGAGGUGAGUGGUGUUUUAAAGGAGGAAGAAGAGAAGUCUGAUGAAUAUAGCCAAGACAUGACUCAAGCUAUGGGUGCUGUAUUAACUUACAGGCACGAGUUAGGAAUGAACUACAAUUUUAUUCGUCCAGAUUUAAUUGUUGGAUCUUGCUUACAGACCCCUGCAGAUGUUGACAAGCUCCGCAAAAUUGGGGUUAAAACCAUAUUUUGCUUGCAACAAGAUCCUGACUUGGAAUAUUUUGGAGUAGAUAUAAGCAGCAUUCAAGCAUAUGCUAAGACAUUUACUGAUAUUCAGCAUAUUCGCUGUCAGAUAAGUUUAGUCCAUUGGUGA